AUGUCAGAGAGAAAAUCAACAUGGUUAAUCACUGGCUGUUCGUCGGGGUUCGGCCUGGCGCUGGCGCAACUUGCCCAAGCUAAUGGUCAUAAUGUUAUCGCAACAUCCCGUAACCCGAGUCGUACACCGAAGCUGGUAGAAGAAUUCACAAAGAAGGGGGGUGAAUGGAUUAGACUGGACCAAGAUGAGCAGGACUGCGGACAUGUAAUUGAAGAUAUCGAAGCGCGGGGACUAGCGAUCGACGUCUUGGUCAAUUCUGCGGGCAUCGGCAUGACAGGCCCUGCAGAAUGCUUCACCGAAGAAGAGGUUCAUCAGGUUAUGGAAACAAAUUUCUUCGGGCCAUAUCGAUUAAUGCGUGCGGCUGCACCUCAUAUGCGUAAGAGACGCUCGGGUAUGAUUGUGAACUUCAGCAGCGGCUCCGGAAUGGAAGCCGUGCAGUCUCUAGGUGUUUACGGCGCCUCCAAGGCAGCUCUGGACGGUAUAACAAAGACAUUGCAUAAGGAAAUGCAAGACUUCAACGUCCGUGUCCUACUACUCUAUCUGGGAGCGUUCGAUACUCCCAUGGUUACUAAAACUGGAGCGGUAUGUAAAUCUAUUGACCCUGACUAUAAAGGGACAACAACAGAGAAAUUCUUUACUGCCUUGAGCACGGGAAAUUUUGCUGUCCCCGGCGACCAUGUCAAAGCAACUCAAGCAAUCUAUGAUGUAGUCAUGGGCAAGGGCAUAGGUGAAGGUCACGAGAAAGAAAUGAUCCUCCCCUUGGGAAGAGAUAUGGCAGCAAGGAUAAAUGAGAGUAGAGACCGCUUAGACCACAUGGUGGAAGUUUUUGGAGAGAUUUGUAACAACGUUAACGUCGACGAAGCCCCGAAAGCCUUUUAG